AUAUUUGCGACAAAUGCAAUGAAUCAUGUAUUGGGUUGGGAAAAUUUGCAACUUGAAUUAAUGAAAAUGGAAAUCAAUUAUCACCAGAAAUUUAAAGAACAAUUAAAUAAUAUUAAUCGAAAAAAAGAAAUACGAGAUAAAGAAUUAUUAUAUAAAGAAGUUUUACAAAAUUCAAAAUUACAACUAUUAGAUUGGUAUAGUAAUCUUUUUUCAUAUGAGAAAAUUACUAAAGAUUGA